UUCAUUUAGUCAUUCCGUGCCCUGUCAGCUGAGACACGACUACUUGGAGGAUCUGCUGACUUGUAUUGCGCUUUAUCUGUUCAUAUCAACCUGGAGAGUCGGACUUUUUCUUAUUUUCCCUGGUCAAUUCUAAAAAAAUAUCAUAAGGUGCUAUCAGCAGCACGUUUACUUUAUUAUUUUUGGAGAAUAGUUUCACAAUUUAACCAGACACUUUCUUUCAGUGUCACUAUUUAUUGUAACAAGUGUCAUGUCAGCCCCUGUUUCUGAAGCAUUUGGUGCAGCUGAAGAACUUGAUGGACAAAAUGAAAUACCUGAUGGUGGACAUCCAGAACCCCACUCCAGUAAAAAGCUGCAGAAAACUCAGGGAGAAGUAAAUGAGGUAGUGGACACAAUGCGAUUCAAUGUGGACAAAAUAUUGGCAAGGGAUGCUGUUUUAUCUGAGCUGGAUGAAAAAGCUGAGGAAGUUAAGGCUGGAGCAGAAAUAUUUGAGAAUAGCGCUAAAAAGCUGAGCAGAAAAUACUGGUGGCAAAACAGCAAGAUGAUGAUAUUAAUGGGAGCAAUUUGUGCAAUCAUCAUUGGAAUAGUUAUUAUUUACUUCUGCACCUGAAAAUCCUGCCAUCACCAUCUCAGCUUAGGCAAGAAGAGAGAGAGAUGGUGAUAAAAGUGAAAAGCCUGAAUAAGCAUUGUGAACAUUAACAUUUUAAGUGUUUGUCAUCUAGCACAAGAAAGCUGUUUUGCUGAUGUUCAAAUAUAUGCCAUUCAUGUUUUAUUUGCAUCUCAAGUUAUGAAGGUGUAUAAGUUGGAGUGGUUUGGUUUAAAGACAAGAUAUAUUGAAAUUUUACUUGAAUUACUUUGAAUCUGUGGUUCCCAGUCCUGGUCCUGGGAAAUCAUUUCUGCUGUUUAGUUCUAACAAAUAUCAUAAUCAGAGACUAAACUAAAUUAAAUGUGCCUAUCCUUAAAUGCCAUAAAGUUUAAUGUUGCUUAAUAAUAGAAUUUAAAUAUGUAUAUUUUAUACACAGAAAUGAACUUAUCUGUAUUUAUUUGUUAUGAGUUUUGUCUUGCUUGUAGCAAAAUGUGUUUGUUUAAAACGGUUGUUUAAUGAAGAAUCCAUCUGGAAGCAAGACACAAUUGUUUUGCCAGGGUUGAAAUCAUGGAUCAGGAUUUUAAAAAAUCAACAGACAAAAUGCCUAUGCAGAAUGAACAACAUGAAGGGAUCAAUACCAAAAGAUCAAUAUCUUUGAGAAACCAAAGCCAAACAUUAACCUAAACUUGAAGUAAAAGAAACACAGUGAUAAAUCACUCUAAUAGAGAAUCCAAAAUCCUGGAUGACAGAAUCAUAAAAACACCAAGUUAAAUACAGUAGUGUUAAUGUGUUGCAAUUUCUGUUAUUCACAAGAUGGCAAUGGAAUAUUGUUGCCAAAAACAACAGGCAAGAUGAUGGCAACCUCAAUUAACCAAAUGGUGGCAUGAAAAUAACAAAAUGCAAUGAAAAAUUAACAACACGUUCAAAAUGGAAUAGGGGACAUAAAAUUCUGCUUGCUUCUAAACACUUUAUUCACAGCAGAAACAAGCUGUUUCUGUUUAGGAAAAUUUCAACGUACCCCUCAGGGUGUCUGUGCUAUAUAAAUGUUUCAGCUUUAAAAGAACGUUUAUUGCUAUAUUGAAAAUAAAAAUGGACACUGAGGAGAAGAUACUAGUGUAACAAAUAUAUUAAAUGCACUUCUUCCAGGUUGUAAUGAACAUAUUUGGACACUACUGAAGUAAGGAAGCUCAUUUCAAUGCAAUGUCACUGAGGAUUGGGUGCAAUGUUGGUCACUGCUGACACUGAUUUUUUUCUGCUAAUGUCUUUCAUCUUCUUUUCAUUGGUUAUUAGUGCACUGGUUGGACAGCCAAUUCACAGUACACUUAAUUUCUGUUAGCAAGGAAUGCAGUCUGUGACAAAAAAAUAAUCUUGUUUAAUAAGCUCCAAUCACUCUAAUAUGAAUUCUGAACUCCUGGAUCUCAUAAGGUCAUUAUAGAGCAUCUAUAAGGGAUUGUUUACCCAAACUUAAAAAUUUCAUAAUCAUUAAUAUAUAUGGAUGAGAGGAAAAUGCAAUUUGCAGUCUGUUUAAAUUAUUCUUAAAUAUUUUAUUAAUGGGACCAAGCCUAUUCCAGUUAAAUUAAAUAGUAUUGGGCACAAUAUCACAAUGUGAAUUGUAUGAAU